CAGCGACGUUGUCAUCAACAAAAGCUCUGGGAAAGCCCUCUAGAGCACUUGACACCAUGUCCAUCUCGAUCCCCAUCACCCCCGUUCCGUUCUUCAACCUCGCCGCCCCGGCCACCUACCAGGGCAUCGAGGUCGAGUGGGUCCUCGACCCCACUGCCCAGCCCAAGUUCGACGGCUCGUCUGACAUUGACACUAUCACGGCCAAGCUCGAGGCCAACUCGCCCCGCGAUGGACCUGCUCUGCCCGAGCUUCCCGUCAAGUUCCACCGCGACACUCCUUUCCCCGACGUCGCGAAAAUUCUUGAUGCACUCGACGACUUCCUCGCCUACCGCACCUACUUUGGUGGCGCGCAGGUUGGCUACAACGAUGCCCUGCUGUGGGGCUUGAUCCGCUCAAACAAGUCGGCAGCAGGCUCGGUUAAGAUCCCCGGACGCCCCCACCUUGCCCGCUGGUACACGCAGUAUGAGACUACCGCACUUCCCAAGGGCAUCGCCGAGUCCUUCAACAAGGCCCGCUCCGACAUGGACAAGGGCAAGAAGGUCAAGCGCCAGGAGGUCAUCGAGGCUGAGCUUCCCAACGCCGUUGAGGGCAAGGUCGUUGUCCGCUUCGCCCCGGAGCCCUCUGGGUACCUUCACAUCGGCCACCUCAAGGCCGCAAUCCUCAACCGCUUCUUCGCCGACAAGUACAAGGGCAAGUACAUCCUUCGUUUUGACGACACGAACCCUUCUAAGGAGGAGGGAGAGUUCGAGGACGCGAUCAAGGAGGACCUUGCCAUGAUCGAGGUCGACUUCGACAAGGUUGUUCACACCUCGGACCACUUUGACAAGAUCCGCGAGUACACUGUCCAGCUCAUCAAGCAGGGCGACGCGUUCAUGGACAACACCGAUGCCGAGACUGUCAAGGAGCAGCGCCGGGCUGUUAUUGCCUCGAAAAACCGUGAUCUUUCGAUCGAGGAGAACCUCAAGCUCUUCCAGGACAUGUGCGACGGCAAGGCGCCCGAAUGGUCGCUCCGCGCUAAGAUCGACUACACGCACAAGAACGGCGUGAUGCGCGACCCGGUCAUCUACCGCGCCGUUGAGGGUUCGCACCACAUUACUGGUACCAAGUACAAGGCGUACCCCAUGUACGACCUCGCGUGCCCGGUUAUCGACCACAUUGACGGUGUGACUCAUGCCCUCCGUGCCAACGAGUACGCGGCGCGCCACGAGCAGUACGAGUGGUUCAUCAAGAAGCUGGGCUUCCCUCACAUUGAGAUCUUUGACUUCUCGCGUAUCGACUUUGUUUACACUGUUCUCUCGAAGCGCAAGCUCAAGUACCUCGUCGAGCGCGGCGUCGUCUCGGGCUGGGCUGACCCGCGCUUCCCCACCGUCCGCGGCAUUCGCUCGCGCGGCAUGACCGUCAAGGGCCUCAAGGAGUACAUUAUUGGCCAGGGCGCGUCGCAGCAGCUCCUCCUGCUUGAGUGGGACGGUAUCUGGACCGUCAACAAGCGUGUCAUCGACCCCAUCGCACCCCGCUACUGGGCCAUAGCGGAGGACAAGAUGGUCCCCGUCAAGGUCGAGGGACGGGACUCGGACGCUGAGACCGUUGAGAAGAAGCCGCUGCACAAGAAGAACCCCGAUGUUGGCGAGAAGGACCUCGUGUUCUCCUCUAACCUGAUCAUGGAGCAGGAGGACGCCAAAUCGUUCGGCGACAACGAGGAGAUCACGGCUAUGGACUGGGGAAAUGCCUUCGUUGCUGAGAAGAAGAUCAACGACGCCGGCGAUGUCGAGGCCGUCACCCUCAAGCUUCAUCUCGAGGGCGACUUCAAGAAGACGUCCAAGAAAGUCACGUGGCUUGCUGCGCCGACCAAGGCUCACCCCCUCGUCCCCGUCGUCCUCAUUGAGUAUGACUACCUCAUCACCAAGAAGAAGAUGGAGGAGGACGACGACCUCGCCAACAUUGUCAACCCCAAGACAGAGUACCGCACGCCCGCGCUCGCGUCGGCCGAGGUUGCCAACCUCAAGAAGUGGGACAUCAUCCAGUUCGAGCGCAAGGGCUUCUACAUCUGCCAGGGCACCAAGGAUGCCGAGGGCCGCAUGGAGUUCGGCUUCAUCCCCGACGGCCGUCUCGCCACCAUUACUCUCAAGGCUGCACCUGCUGCUGGGACACCCAAGGCUGCCGGUGGCUCGAAGGGCUCGUGGGGCAAGCCGGGCACCAAGAAGACUGCUCCUGCUGCCGUCGAGGGCACCAAGGUCAACCUCUCGGAGGCCACCUCGGGCUUUGAGAUCCCUGUGAAGACGAGCAUGUUCGAGUCGGAGCGCAUCUACGGCAAGGAGGGCGUCAAGGUCGAGCCCAAGGUGAACAUGUUCGCCUCCAAGCCCAUCUACGAGAACUAGGAUGCUGUUGGCAGUGGAAUGUACUAGAGAUGCCAUGAUAUGAUUACUAUGCUACAGUCUAUAGCUUGCGGCA